AUGGAGCUAAGUAUAGUGCAAGCUAGACGGAACCACAGGAAACAGCUUGAAUUAGAAGAGGCCCGUAAGGCUGGCCUUGCACCUGCCGAAGUGGAUGAGGAUGGAAAGGAAAUUAACCCUCAUAUUCCCCAGUAUAUGUCCUCUGCGCCUUGGUACUUGAAUGCAGAGAGACCGAGUUUGAAACAUCAAAGGAAGUGGAAAUCGGAUCCGAACUAUACCAGGUCCUGGUAUGAUAGAGGUGCAACCACUUAUCAGGCGGUGAAGUUCAGAAAGGGUGCUUGUAAAAAGUAUGAUGUCAAAACCCUCUAUGUACAUAUCUGUCCCCGAUAUAGCUAUGGCUGCAUAAUUUUUGUUUGUAUUCCUUACACUCUGUUGAUGUGUAUUUUUAGAUAUAAUUAUGUCUGCAUAAUUUUAUGUUUGCAUUCCUUGCGCUGUUUUGGUUAUUGGACGGUACUGAAUUUUUUUUAUCAAUCUAUCCCUUCUCAUUUAGAAUUAAGAUUUAGGGCUUGUGGAGUUUUAAUACAUAACUUCAAUAUAGGUGGUUCUUGUUGGUUUUUAUAUUUUGUGUAUGUCUUCUCUUCUAUUUGGGAUAGAUUUAUCAUGCUGUCUUAUUGUCAUAUGUUGUUCUUCACUGCCAUUGUUUUUGACUUGGUGAAGAAAUUCCAUAUUACUUCUAACCAACACAGUAGGAUGUAUGGUUUGCCCACUUUGUAUGAUGCUGCAUCUUAUAAAUACGUUAUUCAAAGGUAUGAAGCUCGGGAUGAAGCAAGAAGCAAGUUCUUGAAGGAGCAACAACUUAAAAAGUUGGAGGAAAAAAAUAGUAAUCAAAAUAACGAAGAUGGGGUUAGUGAUGAUGAAGAUAACGAGGACUCUCUCAAAGUUGAUGAGGCCAAAGUUGAUGAGAGUAAGCAAAUGGACUUCGCAAAGGUCGAAAAACGUGUCCGUACUACCGGUGGUGGUAGCACUGGAACGGUUAGAAAUUUACGUAUUCGGGAGGACACGGCGAAAUAUCUUCUUAAUCUCGAUGUAAACUCCGCCCACUAUGACCCAAAAACACGUUCUAUGCGUGAGGAUCCUCUCCCAGACAUGGAUCCAAAUGAGAAGUUCUAUGCUGGAGAUAACCAGAACAGAGUGAGUGGUCAGGCUUUGGAAUUCAAGCAGCUCAAUAUUCACGCUUGGGAAGCAUUCGACAAGGGUCAUGAUGUUCAUAUGCAAGCUGCUCCCUCACAAGCUGAACUGCUUUAUAAGAACUUCAGGGUCAAUAAGGAGAAGCUUAAGACGCACACUAAAGAUACAAUCAUGGAGAAGUAUGGCAAUGCUGCUACAGAUGAAGUACUUCCACGAGAACUAUUGCUGGGACAAAGUGAGAGAGAGGUCGAAUAUGAUCGGGCUGGGAGGAUCAUUAAAGGCCAGGAGACUUCUCUUCCAAAGAGCAAGUAUGAAGAGGAUGUGUACAUCAACAACCAUACAAGCGUUUGGGGUUCAUGGUGGAAGGACCAUCAGUGGGGCUAUAAAUGUUGUCAGCAGACAGUUAGAAAUAGCUACUGUACUGGCGCUGCUGGUAUUGAGGCUGCUGAAGCUGCAUCGGAUCUUAUGAAAGCUAAUAUCGCUCGUAAAGAGGCUGCUGAAGAAGCACCUGCACCAGCUGAGGAAAUAAGGCUUGCAACUUGGGGAACCGAAGUACCUGAUGAUCUAGUUAUAGACCAGAAAAAACUGGCUGAAGCACUUCAUAAGGAGGAUGAAAGGAAAAAAGAAGAGAGGGACGAAAGAAAACGCAAAUAUAAUGUCAAGUGGAACGAUGGGGUUACACCGGAAGACAUGGAAGCUUACAGGAUGAAGAGGGUCCAUCACGACGACCCAAUGAAGGACUUCCUCAAUUGAAGUUUGCGCUUAGAUUUUUCGGGCUCUAUGGCAAGAAAAUUUCUGUUGUGGUCUUUGAAGAUAUAACUAAUAAUAUUUCUCGGGAUGUUUAGUAGUCUUUUAAUUGGUUUAUAAUAUUAGGGUGAUGUUUCGUAAUCUUUGUGUUCUCGUCUGGAAAGCUUGAACAAAGCUUUGCAUGUCUUGUUACUCUUGUCGUGGUGUAUGUGUAUUGAAACGUUGACAAUGGACACACUUGUCUUGUUACUCUGCGUGGUCUUUGUCAAAAUUUAACAUGUUGAUGUUUGAUAUUUAAAUAA